AACUCAUAUUGAUUCAGCUCAUGGGUGAAGAAUCACCUUCUGCUGUCAGACUCUAUCUGGCGACCAGCGAAGCUGACAUCUUCCCUAACACGGGGACCGAGGAGGCAGCCUAUCCCACCCCACCCCACAAGGAAGAGGAGAAAGGAGGAGGUGGGAAGAGAGCUGCACCUUUUUCCAGAAGACACAAGGAGGUGUGUGUGAGUGUGUGCGUCUGUGCUACACAGCAUCCUCCGAGCCUGAUCAGGACCAGCUCAGCACCCUCUCCCUGGACAGCCACAAACCACACGCACAUCCCUCACUGCGGGGAAUCUGCAGGGCAGGAUGCCGGCUCUCGCUGAUGUCUCCUGGACGCUACUGAUGGUGAUUGUGGCUUCUGUGCAAGGUCUGCCCCUUAUGGAUGGGGAAGGAACCGAUGUCCCAGACCUACAGCACACCCCUUCGCAUGGGCGUUCAGACCCUGUCUCUUUGGAACAGCUUGUCCAUCAAGCCGUCAUGAAGAAGGACUUUCUAUCUCAGGAUGUGUUCUUUACAGGCACAACCUCCGUCCCAACGCGAGCUGCCCCAGUCUCACUCUCUGAAGAUGUGGCUUCCUCAGGAAUAAGUGAGGCCCCUGGAGUCCUCACCACUGCAGUUGGUGGAGCCUUCUCUUUACCUCCUCCAAUCAGCACACUUACUCCACCAUCACCUGCCCCAACUGGGGGUCCUGGACCCUCGCCUGAUGGAGAGGAAGAGACUACCACCACAUUGAUCACCACCACAACCGUGACUACAGUACAUAGUCCAGUUCUCUGUAAUAACAAUAUAUCAGAAUCAGAGGGGGUGCUUGAGGCCCCGGAUUAUGCUGGUGGAUCCUUUUUUGGGGGUCUUGACUGUACAUACAGCGUGUCUGUAUAUCUGGGAUAUGGAGUGGAGAUACGGGUGGAGAAGUUGAACCUGUCCAAGGACGAAGUUCUGAGUGUGGAGGGACUCGAAGAAGACCGCCGCUACCUUCUGGCCAAUGAAACGCUAAUGGCUGAGGGCCAGGUGAUCCGCAGCCCAACCAAUCAUAUAUCAGUGCGCUUCCAAACUUAUCGUACCACCAACCCAGGGGCCUUUAAACUGCGUUACCAAGCGUUUGUCCUGAGCUGCGUAUUUCCCGCACGGCCAGAGAAUGGGGAGGUAACCGUCACAGACCUGCACCCUGGGGGUGCAGCCAAUUUUCGCUGUGCCCCUGGUUUUACUCUAAAAGGUGGGAAUUCAUUGGUCUGCCUCAAUAUCACACGACCGCAGUGGAGUGGGAACCCACCUGUGUGUGCAGCAUCCUGUGGAGGAAUCAUUCGAAAUGCCACAGUGGGGCGCAUUGUAUCGCCUGAUGUUUCUGGUAACCAUGGAAACAAUCUUAGCUGCCACUGGCUGAUUGAGGCGGCAGAGGGACAGCGGCUUCACCUGCAUUUUGAGAGGGUGUCAUUAGAUGAAGAUAAUGACAGGCUGGUGGUUCGCUCAGGUAGCUCGCCAUUAUCGCCACUGGCGUAUGAUUCGGAUAUAGAUGACGCCCCAGAGAGAGGUCUCCUGAGCGACGCACAGUCCUUUUACAUUGAGCUUGUCUCGGAGAAUGCCGUCGUCCCAUUACUUCUCAGCUUACGCUAUGAAGUUUUCUCCGAGUCUCGUUGCUAUGAGCCAUUCCUGGCCCAUGGAAAUUUUAGCACCACGGAUCCACUUUUUGGUCCUGGGGCGCUGGUGUCAUUCUCCUGUAAUGCAGGCUACAUGCUGGAGCAGGGUCCACCUGUGAUAGAGUGCGUUGAUCCCGCCGAUCCUCACUGGAACGAGAGCGAGCCUGUGUGCAAAGCACUGUGCGGUGGGGAGAUUUCUGAGCCCGCAGGUAUGAUCCUGUCUCCAGACUGGCCGCAGAAUUAUGGGAAAGGUCAGGACUGCGUGUGGGGCAUCCAUGUGCAAGAGGACCGGAGAGUUCUGCUGGAGAUCGAGAUACUGAACAUACGGCGCAGUGACGCAUUGACAGUCUAUGAUGGUGAUGACCUCACUGCGCGAGUCCUCGGACAGUACAUGGGAGUCCAUCAGCGGUUCAACCUCUUCUCCUCCGCCAACGAUGUCACAUUACAGUUCCAGUCUGAUCCGAACGAUCCUGUGUUCAGCAUGAGCCAAGGAUUCAUCAUUCACUUCAAAGAGGUGCCACGGAAUGACACCUGCCCAGCGCUCCCUGAAGUGGCGUCUGGCUGGAAGACAUCCUCGCACCCAGAUUUAAUCCGUGGCACAGUGGUGACCUAUCAGUGUGAGCCUGGGUAUGACAUCACUGGCUCAGAUAUCCUCACCUGCCAAUGGGAUUUGUCGUGGAGCAAUGCCCCACCCACUUGCGAGAAAAUCUUGAACUGUGCGGAUCCUGGGGAGAUCGGGAAUGGUGUGCGACAGGUGUCAGACCCACGGUUCCCCAUCAGCUCCCGUGUACAGUAUACGUGUAAUGAAGGCUAUACACUGGAGGGCAGUAAGACACUGACCUGCUAUAAUCGGGAUACUGGGACCCCCAAAUGGAGUGACCGCAUCCCCAAGUGUGUCUUGAAGUACGAACCCUGUCUGAACCCGGGGGUCCCAGAAAAUGGUUACCAGACCCUCUAUAAGCAUCAUUACCAGGCUGGUGAGGCGCUACGAUUCUUCUGCUAUGAAGGCUUUGAACUGAUUGGGGAGGUCACUAUUACCUGUGUACCCGGACACCCUUCCCAGUGGACCAGCCAACCCCCUCUCUGCAAAGUCGCUUACGAAGAGCUGCUCGACGACAGGAAGCUGGAAGUUACCCAGACGACAGACCCCUCCCACCAGAUGGAAGGUGGGAAUAUUGCGCUGGCGAUCUUCCUGCCCAUCAUUUUGGUCAUACUUCUGAUUGGUGGAAUUUACAUCUACUACACUAAAUUUCAGGGCAAAUCACUCUUCGGAUUCUCAUUCCCAGCAUCCCAUUCGUACAGUCCAAUCACAGUGGAAUCAGAUUUCAACAACCCAUUAUAUGAGGCUGGGGAUACACGGGAGUACGAAGUGUCAAUCUGAAGUGGAUGUGGUUUCUGGGUAUUGGGGAGGGGUGGGUGGGACCGGGCCUACGCGGAAUAUAUCAGAUUAUGGGUCUUUAUUUACAGAUUACCACCACAAGCUACACAAUCCCUCACCCUGCGAUCGUCCAGUACCCAUCAUAAUGUGACCUUCCAUCACGCAUCGUGUGACCUUUCACCUUUGUAAAAUGUCAUUUGUGCCAAAGUUACACUGUAACAUCUGCUCAAGAGAUUGAAGAAUUCCCUGAAUUACAUCCUCCAUUUUAAAUGGACUUUUAGAUUAUUGCCCACGUUACACAUUAAGCAGCCAGUGGCCGGCAGAGCAUUGCUUUUCAUACCCCCAGCCUUGCCAGGAAAUAGAAGAAUAACCAUUAACCCCCAGUAAGGCUCCUUGAUGAUACCACUCCUGUACUUCCUCCCCUGCAGAGCAAUGCUCUUUGCAGAUCAUUAUACUAUUAAACCCACUCCUAUCAGAGAAGAGCAAAGUUAUUGCUCAGCUGCAAAUUCCCCAACACCAUUUCCUGUCUCUACGUGAAGUCACUUUUCUUAGGAGAUUUAAAGAUGGCCACCAGGCUGCAGACCCUUGUAGGGCGACAGUAUCAGGCAUGUUUGAAUUUCCACUCCAUCUGUCUGCGUCAAACCCAGCACCACUUCCAAACUGGCUUUAUUUUCAGGCAAUAAAGAGUGAGAUUUGUAA